AUGAAUUCUAAAGACGACGAGCCCGGCGAGGACGAGACCGAUGAUCAAAUAGACUUAGCGAAGGGUCCUGUGAGACCAAGAGACCAAGACCCUCAUCUUACGAGCAAGCCCCAACUCUUCAACUGUUAUAAUGAAAAAUUCUUCAUGAACUUUCUUGAAGAGGUUGAGGAGAGCGAAAAGGGACAGAAGCAGGAAAUUAUGAAAAUGGCAUUGAGAGGACGAGCGUUUGGCGCGGAUUUGGGAAAUGGUCGUUACGCAGAAAAGCAAGAAAGAGCAAAUUCGAAAAUACAUUGA